AUGAUCAAGGUGAUCAAGACUAUAUAUGCACUCAAUUGGCGUCACUAUUGGACGGACACAGCGAUCGGCGAACGAUAUAUACAUCUGAAGGGAUCUGAUCCGCUCGCUUGUCUGUGCGCCCAAGCAGUGGCCACCAAAUUGACUGUUAUAUCGGUGUCUGAUCUCGUGGUGACCGCAAUGGAGGGCAACAAUAGGCUGCGAUCGACUAAUUUCAAGAACAAAGGCAAAGACGCGGAAGAGAUGCGCCGAAGACGUAAUGAGAUGAGCGUCGAGUUAAGGAAAAACAAGAGGGACGAGACGUUGCUGAAGAGGCGCAACGUUCCCGUCGACUGCGACGCCUACUCCGAGACGGACGCCGCCAACGACUACAUUAGUCUGCAGUCGAUUGUGGUGUCGGCCGCCAGUGAUAACAUCGACGAGCAGUUGAACGCCGUGAAGGCCGCCCGCAAACUA